AUGCUGUUCAAUGAAACUGCGGGUCUAAGCCAUACAACUAAUAACACAGUUUUAAACAAAGACAGUUCUGAACUUUGCCUCCCCUCUUGGAUUCUAAACGCCGUCAACGUCCAGUCUGUAUACAUCAGUGACACUGUGAUAACGACCCUCAGCAUCCCAUUCGCCAUAUUUGCCGUGGUUGCUAACCUGGCUGUUAUAGUCACCAUAAUCCGUGCUCCUUCACUUCACCGUCCAGUGAACGUGUUGCUGUGUAGCCUGGCUGCCUCUGAUUGUCUAACCGGCCUAGUUGUUCAACCUGUAUACAUAGCAUGGCGCUUUCUGCUGCAUCACAUUAAAGACCCUUGCGAACUGGUUCAUCUCUACCAAGCCAGUAAAUCUCUUCCUGCCCUGCUUGGCGGUUGCACCUUCGUGAACUUGGCAAUAAUGAGCGUCGAAAGGUUGUAUGCUGUUUCGAAGCCACUUUCUUAUUCAGCCAAAGUAACACUGAGAGGUAUGAAGGAUUGUAGCAGACCCCUGCAGAAAUGGAAUUGUUUGGUCUAUUCUAGUCUAUUCUAUUCUUAACAAAGUACACAGAAAAUUCCAUUUUAGCGUUCUUAGAGUGGUAUAGGACUUGCUUAAAAUUGUUUAACCCUAUUCAGACCUGCCGCUGAUUGUCUUACAGGCCUUGCUAUCCAACCUGUGUUUGUAGCGUGGCGCUUUCUGCUGCAUCGUACUAAAAACCCUUGCAAGUUGGUUCAUCUUUACCAAGCCAGUAGGUCUCUUCCUGCCUUGCUCGUCGGUUGCACGUCCGUGAACUUAGUAGCCUGCGAGCAAGCUCUCCUAUUUUGGUGAGCGAAGCGAGUCUCGCGAGAACGCGCGAGCGAGUGGCGAGCGAGGCUCGCCCAAAUAGGAGAGCUUGCUCGCAGGCUAUGAACUUAGCAAUAAUGACCGUCGAAAGGUUUUAUGCUGUUUCAAAGCCCCUUUCCUACUUAGCAAAUGCAACACUACGAGAAUAAAGGAUUGUACCAGGCUCUUCAUAAAUGACAUUUUGAUUUUGUUUUGAGUACGUUUCCUGAAAUAAAUUGUCUUGUCAGAAACAAAUGGCAAAAAAUUUUCGGGGGUUUCAGGAACGAAAUAAAUCAAGCCCCUGUGGUAUCUUCUCUUCAGUGAUAAGCAAUGAUUGUCUUCCAAUACCAAACGGGUUCAAUUCAAACUUAAAGUACUUUGCUUAGUCCUUGUUUUGAGAAAAAUUAGCAGCACAAUGAUAGCUUUUUUGUUUCAGUCUUCUCGAACUCUUUAUAGUUCUUUCGCCUGGGACGAGUCACCCACAUAAAAAUUACUCGACAACCAACCCGACAAACACGCGGGCAAAAAAGAAAAAAAAAAUCCGACCAAAAUGUGCAAGUUCUUACCUCGGCUUAACUGCAAAGCUUGUCGUUGUCGAAAAGCUAUGGAGUCAAGCUCCAAAAGUCGGGUCUGAAUUUUUUCAGCCUAAUUAUUGGAAUGGAGACUUGUUCAAAAAGGGUAACAGUUAUCAUGAAGGGAACUGAUUUAGUUGGACGCUCGUUGCUGUGGUCUUUCAGUAUAUGUAUACCGUUACUUAUAAGGGAUGAUUCCCUUUUUUAUUGCGUUUUUAAUUACAAAUAGUCCCACUUUGAAGACGAAUCAAAAUAACACCUUUCUAGUGCCAUUCAGUAAAUUAAGCUGGUGGCCCAUGCCUAAACUUACUUCAGUCUAACAAUUAUACAUUUAAAAACUGUGUUUCAGGAAUGGUGAAGAUUGUCGUUAGCGCAUGGGUGAUCUGGGUCAUCAACAUCACCCUUAUGGAAACCACAGUACCUGAGGGGAUCUAUCAAACAUUGGAAAAUAUCACGAUCAUUUCAUUGAUGGUCAUAGUCACUGGAGGGCACGUUUUGACCUUCCAGGCAAUCCGUAACAACAACAGAAAGAUCUUUAAUGCCACCCACAACUCUCAACAAGCGAUCCUCUUUAAAAGAGAGAAAAAAGCGUUUAAAGACAUGGCAUUGUACACAUUGGCGACGUUACUGUCCCUUCUUCCUCUUUUAGUGCUGCUAAAUCAUGUGGAAAACAGCAUUGUUUUUGGACACAUUCUGUUCCCUUGGGCUCAAAUCUUCUCCCAGCAAAUAUCCAGUCUAAACCCAGUAAUUCAGAUUCAAAGAAAUCCUGCUUUGAGGCAGGCACUAAAGACAGCCCGGCUGUGA